UCCGGUCUGUCCGGGAUGGACCUCUCCAGUCGGGAAGAGGGCUGAGUAUGCGGGAUCUACCUGUAAAAAUAAAUCAAUCAAUGAAUAAACAUAAAUAAACAGACAUCUGGACUAAUCGCGGAUUAAUGGAGCUCCUCCCGGGUCCCGCUGCUGCGGUUUAAAUCCGGAUUUUUUUGGGACGUUUGUUUCGGAGACAAAAACAAACGCAGGCACGGACGGGAAGAGGCAUCCUAAUAACUCCUCACCUCCACCUGCUCCUGCAUUUCUCUUUUUUUAUUUUAACCACCCUCCGCUCCGGGGUUUUAACCUAACCUCCUCGUUCCGUCGUUAAGUAAAGCCGACUUUGGAGUCUGGAAAACGGCGACUUUUUUCCUCUCUUCCCGGCUUGGAAGCUAGUUAGCGUUAGCCGGCUAGCCUAGCCACCUAGCAUCGAGGCCGUUUUUUUCUUUUAUCCUUCACGUUUGGGUCACUUCCUCCUCUUAAGUGACUCUAAAAGCUUCAUUUUUAAUCCAGCGAAGCCAGAGGAAGUGUCAUUUUAAUCCGCGGGGAUAUGGAGAAGCGGUGCUCCGCCCGCCGCACAUCUGUCACCGCACCGGAAUCAGGAGCCGGGACAUCCCAGGGAAGAGCUGCCUUCACCGGGCAGUAGCAGCCGUGUGGCCGCCUCCCCCUGGAGCCCCACUCUGGAGAUAUUUACACCUCCAUGGAUGCAGAGGAGGAGAAGAAAUCCACGUUGGCUUAAAAACUGCUCCUGUUUUAGGAUUUAAAGCAUCCAUGAGCUCCCUCUGAGCUUCCUGGAGGUCACAUCGUUCACCUUCAUAUUAUUUUCCCCACAUCACCAGCGGAGAAGUUCGGCUUCUGUCCUCUUCUCUCCGCGGGGAUUCACGCUGCAGCUGCAGGCAUGAACUACCAGCAGCACCUCGCCAACUCGGCCGCAAUCCGGUCCGAGAUCCAGAGGUUUGAGUCGGUGCAUCCCAACAUCUACUCCAUCUACGAGCUGCUGGAGCGGGUGGAGGAGCCGCUGCUGCAGAACCAGAUCCGGGAGCAUGUCAUCGCGAUUGAAGAUGCGUUCGUGAACAGUCAGGAGUGGACGCUGAGUCGAUCGGUGCCGGAGCUGAAAGUGGGCAUUGUGGGUAAUCUGGCCAGCGGGAAGUCGGCGCUGGUCCACAGAUACCUGACGGGGACGUACGUCCAGGAGGAGUCACCUGAAGCCGACGUGGACGCAGGCGGUCGCUUCAAGAAGGAGAUCGUGGUGGACGGACAGAGUCACCUGCUCCUCAUCCGGGAUGAAGGAGGCCCCCCGGAGGCUCAGUUCGCUCUGUGGGUGGACGCCGUCAUCUUCGUCUUCAGCCUGGAGGACGAGAUCAGCUUCCAGACCGUGUACCACUACUACAGCCGGCUGGCCAGCUUCAGGAACACCGCAGACCUGCCCCUGGUCCUGGUCGGCACGCAAGACGCCAUCAGCUCAGCGAACCCCCGGGUCAUUGACGACAGCCGAGCCAGGAAACUGGGGAACGACCUGAAACGCUGCACGUACUACGAGACCUGCGCCACCUACGGCCUCAACGUGGAGCGGGUCUUCCAGGACGUUGCCCAGAAGAUCGUUGCCACCAGGAAGAAGCAACAGUUGUCCAUUGGUCCCUGCAAGUCGUUGCCCAACUCCCCGAGUCACUCGUCUGUCUGCUCCACACAAGUAUCAGCCGUCCACAUCAGCCAGACCAGUAAUGGCGGCGGCAGCCUCAGCGACUACUCCUCCUCGGUCCCGUCCACCCCCAGCACCAGCCAGAAGGAGCUUCGCAUCGACGUGCCCCAGACCACCAACACCCCGACGCCGGUCCGCAAGCAGUCCAAGCGCCGCUCCAACCUCUUCACCUCGAGGAAGGCGAGCGAGCCGGACAAGGACAAGAAAGGCCUGGAGGCGCGGGCGGACAGCAUCGGCAGCGGGCGAGCCAUCCCCAUCAAACAGGGCAUGCUGCUGAAGAGAAGCGGUAAAUCCCUCAACAAGGAGUGGAAGAAGAAGUAUGUGACGCUGUGUGACAACGGGCUGCUAACCUACCACCCCAGCCUCCACGACUACAUGCAGAACGUCCACGGUAAAGAAAUCGACCUGCUCAGGACCACGGUCAAGGUCCCGGGGAAGAGGCCGCCCCGCGCCGCCAUGCCCAGCCCCAAGACCAACGGCCUGGCCAAGGACAUGGGCGGCCUGCAGCUCGGGCAGGGGCCAGGCUCAGUGACCAGCAGCUCGUCGGCCUCUCAGAUGGCGAGCGGCGUUAGCUUGGUGUCCUUCAACAGCCGCGGCCUGGAGGGGAUGCACCAGCGCUCGUACUCGGUCUCCAGCGCCGACCAGUGGACCGACGCUACCGUCAUCGCCAACUCUGGAGUCAGCACAGACACAGGCCUGGGCGAGUCUCUGUGCUCCAGUCCCAGUAUCUCCAGCACCACCAGCCCAAAGAUGGAGCCGCCUCCGUCGCCUCACGCCAACCGCAAGAAGCACCGCAGGAAGAAGAGCACCAGCAACUUCAAGGCCGACGGCCUCUCUGGUGCUGGAGAAGAACAAGAGGAGAACUUUGAGUUCACCAUCGUGUCUCUGACCGGUCAAACCUGGCACUUUGAGGCCACGUCCUACGAGGAACGAGACUCCUGGGUCCAGGUGAUCGAGAGCCAGAUCCUCGCCAGCCUCCAGUCCUGUGAGAGCAGCAAGAACAAGUCUCGUCUGCCCAGCCAGACGGAGGCCAUGGCUCUGCAGACCAUCCGAAGCAUCCGCGGAAACAGCCGCUGUGCCGACUGCGAAGCUCAGAACCCGGACUGGGCGAGUCUGAACCUCGGCGCCCUGAUUUGCAUCGAGUGCUCGGGGAUCCACCGGAACCUGGGAACCCACCUGUCCAGGGUUCGCUCCCUGGACCUGGACGAGUGGCCGCUGGAGCUCAUCAAGGUCAUGACGGCGAUCGGCAACGAGCUCGCUAACGGCGUCUGGGAGGCUAACGCUCAGGGUCGACUCAAACCCGGACCGGACGCCAGCAGGGAGGAGAGGGAGCGCUGGAUCCGGGCCAAGUACGAGCAGCGCCUCUUCCUGGCGCCUCCUCCGUCCUCGUCCUCCUCCUCCUCCUCCUCCGACCUGUCCCUGGGCCAGCAGCUGCUGAGGGCCACGGCGGAGGAGGACCUGCGCUCCGUGGUGCUCCUCCUGGCCCUGGGCUCCCGGCAGCAGGUCAACGAGACGUUUGGAGACGGAGACGGGCGCAACGCUCUGCACCUGGCCAGCCACAAGGGCAACGUGGUCCUCACCCAGCUCCUCAUCUGGUACGGCGUGGACCUGAUGGCGAGGGACGCCCACGGUAACAGUGCCAUGGCGUACGCCCGCCAGGCCGGCUGCCAGGAGUGCAUGGACACGCUGGCUCAGUACGGGUGUCCUGACGAACGCUUCCCCCUCAUGGCCACGCCCAACCUGUCCCGCCGCCACGCCGCUAGCUCCGCCCACAUGUGACCAGGUCACCGAUGAGCCCCGCCCUCUCGCCUCACCUCACCUGACUGAACGACUGAGGAGGGAGGGCCAAUCUGGGAGAGACUCCUAAUCCCAAAGCAUGCUGGGAGAUGUGGUCCCUGACCUUUUCUAUUUAUCUGUUAUUAUCCAGCAGCCAAUCAGAAGGACUCUUUAACUUAACUUCCUGGAGACGGUGAACGUUUCAUUAUUGCUGGACCAAUGGAUGAAAACCAGGACCACGCUGAGCUUCUCUUCUCUCUAGUUCACUUUUCUAGGAACUCGUUAAAUGUCUCCAGAGACUUUUCAUCUGGUCCAACAACAGGAGCCGAAAGGGACAAGACCUGGACCAAUCACAGCCUCCCUGGUCUGGUCUGGACCAAUCACAGCCUCCCUGGUCUGGUCUGGACCAAUCACAGCCUCCCUGGUCUGCUCAGCCAAUCACCAACAAGGGCUCCUCCUGCUCCUCCUCCUCCUCCUCCUGCUCCUCUAAUAAUAAUCCUCAGACCAGUGGAGGUGCUUCAUUGUGUUUCCAUGUGUGUGUCUGUUUGUGUGUUUGUGUGGGUCCGGUCCACUCAGGGCUGGAUGUGAAGCUCUUUAAGGUCUGAACCAAAUGUGUCAUAAGAGUCCGGGUCCAGGUCCGGGUCCAGGUCCGGGUCCAGGUCCGGGUCCAGGUCGGCUGUAAACCAGGUGUGAACCAGGUGUGAACCAGGUGUGAACCAGGUGUGAACCAUCACCAGGGACCGAGCUAAAACUCUUUAUAUGUGACUCAGAGCAAUACGGACUAAGACUCCUGUGACUGGUCUCCUCCUCCUCCUCCUCCUCCUCCUCCUCCUCCUCAGAACACAUAUGUAGGUAUAGCUCUCCUCCUCCUCCUCCUCCUCCUCCUCCUCCUCAACACUAACUCUUUGUUUUCGUGCACGCCUGCCUCCACGUCCCUGAACGUCCCUGAGGAGCCGCUCCAGGUCUAGAUCCACUACUCAUCAGAAAUGCACUAAGCCGCCGCCUCCUCCUCUCACCUCCUCUCACCUCCUCUCACCUCCUCUCACCUCCCUCUGAACGUUAUUUAUUUAAAUGAAUUAAAUCUUUUUAAACACAGGAAUCAUCCGCGUUCUUUCAGCUGCUAGCGUGAUUAGCUUAAUUAGCUUGAACACUUUAAUUCUGUGACGACACGUAAAAAUAGCAGCAGCUAAUCAAACUCAUGUGGUUCUGUCUUUAUCUGAUUUAAAACAUUUUGAGACUAAAACCUCCCGUGAAGAAGAAGAAGAAGCAGCUAGCUAGCGGCCUGUUAGCGGCCUGUUAGCCUAACGCCGCUACAGGGAUUAGCAUGGUGCUGUACGUUUAGUUUUCAUCGUAUCUUUUCUCUAAACUGAUUUCUGCCUUGUAUUCGCGGUGUUAGCAUACUUAGCUGUAGCUAAGCAGAACUUUUAUUAGCUAUUAGCUUUCAUGCUAGCUUUUCUUUUGGGAAUUAAAACUAUGUUUCAUUUCACAACUGAGACUUUCUAAGUCAUUUCUGCUUUGAAACUGAUGAGUCAUGUAUCAUGUAAGCUAACUUCCGCUAACACUAUACAAUGCUAGCAUAUUUAGCUGUAGCUUUUUUUUUUUUUUUUCAACUGAGCAUGAAACGUUGGAAAAUGUUUUGUGACGACAGCGCAGUUUCCUCCGACACCAGGCCUGAAGCCGCCUCGUGGUAAAUCAUGUGGAAACAGCGUUAAUGUGUAAAUAGACUAAACUAAGAACAACAGGAAGUAUGUUUGUUACCUCACCUUUACUCCUAAACCCCGCCCGCCUGGGCUGUCCACUACUUUAUUUAUGAACGCACCCUCUGAGGGACACUACGCCCCCUCAAACUACUUUUUUGUACAUUUUUCUCCAGUCCAUCCUCGUUUUAUUAUUGUUGAUUUAUCCUCCAGACACAUUACUGUUCUUAUUGUCACUGUUCUAAUUAUUAUUAUUAUUAUUGUUGUUGUUGUUGUCGUUGUUGUUGUCGUUGUUGUUGAAUUUCUGUUUGCUGUACAGUUACCGUUGUUGAAGAAUUCCCCUUAAUUCUAACCCAGAGUCUUCUACUGUAAUGUGUCUCUUUUCAAUAAAGACCAGAAUAAUGCUUCUUAAA